AUGGCCGCGUUGGUUUUAAGCGUUGUGCAGCGCAUAGGUUUACGAUGUGAUCUCAGUACACUUCUUAUAAUUUUAGUUUUUUAAUUUUCCUAGAAAUACUGGCGUUCUUCCUCCAAACUAUAAAUAUAAAUAUAAAUAACAAUAAAUAAUAAAAAUUGCAGCGGGUGAAAAAGAUAAAAAAACAAUUGUUAACUCCGAGCAGAGUGCGCUAAAAUAUAUUAAUAUUAAUAUUAAAAGUCUAAGCGAUAGAUGUAUUUAAUUAUCAAGUGUGAUACGAAUGUCCAACUGACAGGAUUUAAUUAGCAUAGUGGUUGGCGUUUAUUCUCAUUACUCGGGUAAAAAUCACUCUCUUAUCCACAUGGCUUAUGGCUUCCAAGUGAAAGUUUCCUGUCAGUCAUAAACUCUAUAUAUACUUGCAUACUUAUCUAAUUCGGCAUCUCCAAAAAACAAAUAAACGAGUAUUACUUUAAAUAAAGUUACUUUUCGACGCCGGGUUUAAAUUAAUGAGCUCUAAUUAAAUCAAUUAAGAAACGAGUUCACCCAGACUCGAAAUUCCAUGUAAUAUUCUCACCCGUCUGCUCUAAAAGUAUUUUUUAAGCUCAUUAAUUUGUUACAAAUUAAUUCACUUUUAUCAUGAAUGUUAUCGACGGCGACUUAGCAUCUUGUCUGGAAGGUGGUUGACUCAGCUAGCUCAGGUACUUGAUAUGAUCGAGAGUGUAUCAAGACGAGCGCUGAGUGGCUCCAGUGGGAGCUACCACGUUCGAGGAGCCGAGCUGGCGCGCGAUCGCAGAUUGAAGUCACUUGCAGCUACUGUAGUUUUUCUCGAUGAAACCCAGCAUACCUUUCAGCUUGAUAAACGUGCCAAGGGCCAGAUUCUCCUAGACCUGGUCUUCCAGCACUUGGAGCUCAUUGAAAAAGACUACUUUGGCUUGCAAUACGCUGAGAAUCCAACAGUCUAUCCCAAUUCUGAUGCUAUGAGAUGGCUAGACCCGUCGAAGCCGGUUAAAAAGCAGAUAAGAAGUAAGGGCGGUCAGUUUUUUUUCAAAGUUAAAUUUUACGUUUCUGAUCCAAGUAAACUCCAAGAAGAGUACACGAGGUACCAGUUUUACCUCCAAAUAAGAAGAGAUAUUCUUCAUGGAAAGCUUCAACUUCCCACUAGCACUGCCUGUCUAAUUGCUAGUUACACCGUUCAAUCUGAGUUGGGUGAUUAUCAUCCAGAAGAGCAUGGACCUGGUUAUUUAUCAAGAUUGCAGCUCAUUCCAGGACAAACCGAAGAAAUGGAGAAGAAAAUUUGUGAACUUCAUAAACUUCACAAAGGCCAAUUGCCAGCGGAUGCAGAGUUUAAUUUCCUGGAUCAUGCAAAGCGGCUGGACAUGUACGGAGUGGAGUUACAUAAGGCAAGGGAUUCGACAAACAAAGAGAUUCAAUUAGGCGUGACGUCAAUCGGGUUGGUGGUCUUCCAGAAUAAUAUUAAAAUCAACGUAUUUUCCUGGUCGAAAAUCGUAAAGAUUUCUUUCAAACGCAAGCAGUUUUUUAUUCAACUUCGCAGGGAGCAGUCGGAGAACUAUGACACUCUCCUGGGCUUUAAUAUGCAAACAUAUCGCAGCUCAAAAAAUCUGUGGAAAGCAUGCGUAGAGCACCACACGUUCUUCCGACUCCACAGCCCGAAAAUGCGACCGAGAAGAUUCCCUCUGACUCUCAGCAGUCGGUUUACUUACUCGGGACGAACCGAGUUCCAAACGGUCGAGGACGGAAAGCAUCGUGCCAGGGUUGAAAGAACAUUCAUCAGAUCACCGAGCAAGCGAAUAGUUCACGGGGUGAACCAAGUGCCAAUUGAAGAGAAAGGUAAAGUAGUAAGCGCUCCAGCAAGACCUCCCAGGCCUUACGAUAACAAAGUCCAGUCCCUAGGAUCGCGAGAACCGCGACAAGCUUGGGUCGAGGGGAACAACAGUGAUGAUGAGGGUGGUUUUUUGUCCCUCAGAGAGGAGAUAAACACGAGCACUCACACUCAAGGCGGAGCAUUUUCCCCAGUACUGGGCUCAAGAAUCCUUAGUUACGUUGAUGACGACACCGCUGAGAGAAAUAUAUACGAUUUGCCGGAUUACAGCGAGCCAACUAGUUCUCCAGCGCCACAGAUUCUUGAUGAUGGCUUGGUGACGAUAAGAUUGACACCUGAUGAGCAAGGCCGAUUUGGCUUCAAUGUGAAAGGAGGUCUGGACCUUGAUAUACCCAUCUUGGUGUCUCGAGUUGCGCCAAACACACCUGCUGAUCGGUGUUAUCCUAAGUUAAAUGAAGGCGAUCAGGUUUUGUACAUCAACGGUAUCGACGUCAACGGAAUGCUGCAUGAACACGUCGUUAAUUUGAUAAGACAGUCAAGGGAUACGGGGAAUGGCGAGUUGACCUUGACUGUUCGUCCCAAUGCGCUCUACAACGCACUUGCUGGAACUGACGAAGCUUCUGAAGAAGAACCUCCUUAUAGAUACGUACCUGACGCACCACAUUCGGCGGUUGGCUCAGACGCACUGGCCCAAUCAAUGUUACUGCUGGCAGACGGUCUCGCCAGCGGAGCCCUGAUAGCCCAGUACGAACAGCUCUACCGGAAGAACCCGGAACUGACAUCCUUGGAGUCGAAGAAAGCCGAAAACCAGAACAAGAACCGGUACCGAGAUAUUUCACCGUACGAUGUUACAAGAGUUAUUCUGAUGGGAUGUGUUAAUGGCGAUUAUAUAAACGCAAACUAUGUCAACAUGGAAAUCCCCGGGUCGGGGAUUAUAAACCGGUACAUCGCGACCCAGGGCCCGUUGUCUUCCACAGUUGCUGAUUUUUGGCAAAUGGUCCUAGAAGCUGGUAGCACUCUAGUGGUAAUGUUGACCACGCUUGUAGAAAGAGGACGUACUAAGUGUCACCAGUACUGGCCGGCUCUCAACGAAACUCUGACUUUAAGGAACCUGAUGCUAAUCUCGACGUCGGAAAAAAUUGAAGACUUUUUUGUCUUUCGUGAAUUUAUUUUGCGUGACGUUAAUACUGGAGAAGAACGAGAUAUAACACACAUGCAAUAUUGCGGAUGGCCCGAUCACGGAGUUCCCAGCGACUGGCGUCAGUUUACUAAAUUCACAGAACGCGUCCGAGCAGCCAGAACAGGAAUGGUGGAACCAGCUGUUGUCCACUGCUCGGCAGGUAUCGGACGCACUGGAGUUCUGGUGUUGAUGGAAACGGCUUUGUGUCUUAUUGAAGCCAACCAGCCUGUUUAUCCGCUGGAUAUUGUUAGGUCUAUGAGAGAUCAACGCGCAAUGAUGAUUCAAAAUGCUAGUCAGUACAAGUUUGUCUGUGAAGCGGUCCAUAAAGCAUACACCGAGGGUAUUGCAAAACCUCUUAUAGAAUUCAGUAGAUAAGAAUAAAUUUAAAAAUGAUAAUGAAAAUGGAAAAUAAGAAAGCACAAAUGUCCAAGGCCUUUUUUAAAUUAAAUUUAAAAGGAUCUUUUUUUUUAAUAAAUAGACAAUAAUUAUAUAAAUAUUUAUUAAAGGUAGCGACGGACGUGUGAUAGUCCGCUAGAAAUAACCCACCAGUUAAAACAACUUUUUAAAUAAUUUAUAAUUUAGGAAACUUUAAAUAACAUUCUUCCAGCUGAUUUAUUAUUCUAUAUUAAUAUUAAAUGUAAUAAUUAAUAAAUAUUAAGCUCAAUGAAUAUUUAACAGUUAGAGUAACAACUGAUGUGGAGAAUUGUUGGAAAGUAUCCACCUUUUUCAUCUAUAUUUUUUUACCAUUAAUUAAUAAGCAAAACUUAAGAUUUUAUUAUUUAUCUCGGAUUUGUAAAUAAUUAUUAUUAUCAAAUAAAAUUGUGCCAGAAACUAAAGGUAGCUAUAAUAAUAUAAGCGCCGGAAAAUAAAUAUAUAAAAUUGUUUACUUUAGAAAUAGAAAUAUUGUCAAUUAAAUUGUAAGGGCGCAUGAGAGUUGGUAGCUGUCUAGUCUCAUUGAUUUGUACUUUUUAAUGAUCGAAUAAAGUAAUCAUUUUGUAUAUUUGAAA